AUGAGGGAAGUGAAUCUGCUCAACCGCUUUACACGCCAGUUCCUGUUUCUCAUCGUGUUGGUGACCCAGAUCUGCGGGGUCACCACCUUUGUGUACAACUCAAAGGCGCAAUGCUUUCGUCACUCCGGAUUUCUGCGGUUUUACUCCAGCUUAGUUCUCAUUUUUCUGACACUAUUCCUUAUGGUUACCACGAGUAAAAUGUUUGAUAAUCUGCAAGCUGUGUGGCCAUAUGCGGUAGGAAGUGUUGUCAUGUUGGUGGUAAGAAUACAAGGAUUUUUGGAAAGUGCAGAGAUCGUGGAGUUGUUAAACCAAAUGCUGAGAAUGAUGAGGCAGGUGAAUCUAAUGGCCAGGCACCCGAAUCUGUUUCGCCUGAAACAUUUGCUGCUCCUUCUUUUGGCGCUGCAGAAUCUUUUAAGAUCCCUGAAUACGAUAGUGGGAAUAAAUAAACGCUCUGCCGAAGCUUAUGACACUUUGCUUAAUAGCGUUGUCCUAUUAAUUGUACUGGCCGUCCUGUUGAGCUUUCUCCUUCAGAUCACCAUCAAUAUUUGCCUCUUUGUAGUGCUCAUUGCCACGUAUAGCGAACUACACCAUUGCACUCGACGAAUCUCAAACGAUAUGGAUAAGCUCAGACUUUAUUCCGUCCUUGAAAGUGGUCAAUUUAUGGUUUUGGUAAAACAACUUCAAGGAAUCACUGAAAAAUUGAUUCGAUUGCAUCAUAAUGUCUUUCGUAUUACCGUCAGAAUCACACGACAUUUCCGAUUCCAUUGGCUGUGUGCUAUUAUCUACGGAUUAAUACCAUUCUUUAGUUUAACAGCUAAAGAUCAAAAUGGUUUUUACUUCCUCAUCAUUUCCGCAUUGAACAUAAUAUUCCAGUGGACUAUUUUUGCGAUUCUGUCUCGUGAAUCACGAAUCACCAGGAGUUUAUGCACUUUUUAUUUGACCAAUUACCAUAUGGAAACUGCUAGAACGAUUGAUGAAUUACUACAUCAGGAAAUUUGGGAACGUAUCACAGUCACCAUAUACGGCAUUACACUCGACACGAAAUUGCUCUUCAAACUGCUAUCCAUUAGUGCCUUUUGCGCGUUUGUUAACCGACUGGAGUACUUGCACAUCCAGUGUCCUCAAUAGAUCCUGCCAUUUAACUGUCAAAUUAAAGUCGGAGGAGUCCUUGCUCAAUUUCGAUAUCGUCGUUUUGUCUAUUAUUAGCAUUCUGGGCUGUCAUGUUAUCGCAACUGUUGUGCACCAAUGUCAAUUGCACAAGUCAAAAACUGCCUCAUAGAUGACUUUCGAGAUACUUUGCCGGCAAUUACGUAGCUGUUUCAUUGUUCCUUCAUUUCGAACAAGCUUCAUAAUAUUUUCACUUUUAUGGCAGGCAACAUAAAAGACGACAGCUUUGGCAAUAGCAACAACAUCAUCAUUAUCAACACCAUCAAAGCCCGGAAAAUUCCACCUUCUGUGACUCCCCUCGCCGCGCCUUUCGUCCUCUUUUGUCCCCCUCAAUUGUCGUAAAAUCAUAGGAAAAAAGAAAGGAGCCAACGGAGGCGAAAAGUGUGAGUGCGUAAAUUUCUCUCUGGACUCGGAGUCGCUCAAGUGUCCUUCCAUUCUGUGUCAUAAAAUUAACGCUUUAUAUGAACGAAACCAUAAGGCGCUCGAUUUUUAUCACCAAGGCCAACAAGAUGGCCAUGAACGAAUCAGGAACAUGGAAAUGUAGAGGAAAAAAAGAGGCAGCUAAGUAUCUGCAAGUGAAAGUGUA